AUGUCGGCUAAACCGGCAUCUUCAGAAACCACCCCGGUUCAAGCUGCUGGAUUGGAGGACUCGGUGUUAUACCAGUCCAGCGGUUCUACUAGGACUUAUCGUCUGAACCGGCCGAAAAAACUCAAUAGUUUGAAUCAGGAGAUGAUCACUUCGAUGUAUAAUAAAGUCAAGACUUGGAGAGAUUCAGAACUGGUACAAGUCAUAAUCGGCACAGGAGAAGGCAGAGCUUUUUGUGCUGGUGGAGAUGUCGCUCAACUCAUCAUCGAUUUGAAAGAAGGGAAAGACACACCUGUGAAAUUCUUCAAAUCAGAAUUCGAGCUCAAUUGGCUGUUGGGUAAACUGAAGAAACCUUAUAUUGCCGUGAUGGACGGUGUCGUCAUGGGUGGUGGCGCUGGGAUCUCAUUACCUGCCUCGAUCCGUAUAGCCACACCAAACACUAUCUUCGCUAUGCCUGAGACUAACAUUGGUUAUUCACCAGAUGUAGGUUCACAUUACUAUCUGGCUCAAUUGGACGGGCAGAUCGGAGCAUGGCUUGCUGUGACUGGUCAGAACGUGUACGGUCGAGCUGCUUAUGAACUGGGAAUAGCCACCCAUUACGUUCCUUCAGCUUCCAUUGCCCCAAUCUUACAUCAAAUAACCCAUCAUACAGGAUCAGAAUUGAACACUGUCACACUCUCACGUAUCGUAUCAUCAUAUCACCUUCCCUCAUCCGGAUCAUCAGCUCCAUCCUCCAAAUCAUCUCCAGACGGUCCAUCAUCAAUCAAAGGUGACAUCCGAGUUUUCAUCGAUCAGGUUUUCUCUCAAUCCCAAGUGAAAGAUAUUUACGACUCUAUCGUCGCUGCUAUUGAUAGUCAAGAGUUAUCUGAGGAAGUCAAAGAAUGGGCAAAGGAGCAAAAGGAAAUCAUGGAUAAACGAAGUCCUACUGGUAUGGCAGUGGCUCUUGAAGGUUUCAGGCGUGCUAAGCAAGAAAAGAAGUUGGAUAAAGUGUUAUUGAAUGAUUUCGCCAUGGCUACUUCAUUCUCAGGACCUAAAAGACCAACAGAUGAUUUCAUUAUCGGUGUUUCUCAAGUUUUAUUAGAAAAAGAUAAAACCAAAAAAUCUCUCAGACCAUCAUGGUCACCUACUUCAAUAUCAGAAAUCUCUCAAUCAUAUGUCGAUCAAUUCUUCUCUCAACCUCAUAAACGUUCUUCUAAACUUUCCGACACUCCAAACGAAUCAGAUCAAUCAGAACUCAUGUUCGAUCCUGUUCCAAGGAAUCAUACACCUGAUUCUACCUGGGGUCAAUUUAGGUUUUUAGGAUUACCAAGUGAAAGAGAAUUACAAGAUCGUAUUAGAGGUGCUUCACCUAGUUCUGGAGCUUACGCAUUGACAGAAAAAGAAUUGACGGAACAAAUGUUAGAUGAUGUGGGUGAGAACGGUGGUUCUAGGCAAGAUGAUUUUCUGGAAAGGAUCAAAGAGGUUUUGAAAAGGAAAUGUAAGAGGGAUGAUGAUGGGAAUUUGAAAUGGUUGGGGAAAGAGUAA